AUGAACCGAUUCCAUAUCAAAAUUAAAAGGAUUCAAAAUAUCAGGGAUUUAAAUACUAUUAUUGCGAUAAGGAAACACGUCAAUCCAUUCCCAAGCCGAGGCUCUCUGGCUACUGCUCACAACGCCAACAACUCGAACCCAAGAUUUCAAUCACGAAAGCUUGUAAACAUCCACAUACAUGGCUACAGAAACAACAGCCUCCGGAGCAGUAGCCGCCAUCGCCAAUGGACCAGCAGUGCCUACUGCCUCCUCGUCCUCGCCCCCUCCUCAGAGUCAGCGUUUAACUUCCCCUUUGCUGCCGCCCCGGACAUAAUUCGGUCGAACCAGAAGGACGCAUAUUACCAAGGCGUACUACUCGAGCAGAUCUCCACAAUCCUCCGGAAAGUCUAUGGAGCUCGAAUCCUUCACAAAUACACGCUCGAGACCAAAACACUCGCCGAUAUCCUUUACCUUACUCUCACGACUCUUCGCGGUGCGCGCACACUCGGCGAGGAAUAUUGUGAUAUCCUUCAUGUCGAGUGCAAAACCCUCCGUCUCCCGGGGAUUAAGCGUCGCGCUGGUUUCAUCCUAACUACGAUUCUCGUCCCAUAUUUCCUUACAAAAUUGCUUCCGCGCUUCAGAUCACGCAUACGGCAGAAGCUCCAGUCCGCAACGGCGCAGCGGAAUGGUGAGAAACAGGGCCCAGACUCGGUAGGUAUGAAAGUGAAGAAGUACCUGCUGGAGAACCUAGACACCCUCACAUCCACGGAGAGCCUCCUUGCUGUGCACUUGGGCAUGUUCUACUUCACUGGCGCAUACUACCACCUCUCCAAGCGCAUCUGGGGGCUGAGGUAUAUCUUCACAAAGCGACUUGCGCCGCAUGAGCAGCGAGUUGGGUAUGAAGUUUUGGGCCUGCUGCUGUUGGCGCAGUUGGCUACUCAGGGGUACUUCCAUAUCUCGAACACAUUCUCGCAUACGUCAGCUAUCACGGCCGAUGAGGAGGCGGUCGACAUUGUUGCUACGGGUGGGGUACUAAGUAACCCCGAGACACAUGUCCAGGAUGCGGACAGAGAUCGAGCGAUGUUUGAUCUGGACAAUGAGAAGACUAUGCGCUUCAUGAGUGGAGAGAUGGGCAGGAAAUUGAGUGGUGUCGUAGCAAGCCUGAGUGCCCGCUUUGUCGACAAUCUGCGCUUGUGCAGCAUUUAUUGCCGCUGA